AUGUUUUCCUGCGACGUUUGCAGCUUUUUCUUUGAGACAAAACAAGCCGCAAAGCAGCACAAAAAGGCAACAAAGCACUGCGUCUGUCCGCACUGCGACAAACCGCUAGCCUCCUCUCACGGCCUCCAAGCUCACAUUGAUGCCGUUCACCAGUACGAGUGCCCGCAGUGUCCGGCCGUUUUGGCUGAAAAGAGACUCUUGACAAACCACCAAAAGUCCCAAGGACACUGCUACUGCGGCGAUUGCAACAAGACGUUCGGUACUGUCCACGGAUUCAAUGCUCACUUGCAGAGUUCACGACACUCGACCGAGUUCCGCUGCUGCGACUGCGACCGCGAGUUCAACAGCACCAGCGCUUUGGAACAGCACCUUCGUGACAAGGUCCAUCGGCGUCCAUCUGCCUCGACGAGACUCAAAUCUAGCAGCGAUAACACCAACGACAUUGGUGCGGCUUCAGGUCUGCAGUGCACAAAGUGUGCGCGUGAAUUUGCGUCCGAGCACGCAUUGUCGCAGCACCUAGCCUCACUCGCUCAUCGGCCACUCGGCGAGUUUGCCUGCUUCGCAGGUUCGUCAUGCGCAGCAAAGUUUACCGGUCCCUCGGCCGUACUUCACCAUCUCGAAAGCGGUGCGUGCCCAUCGGGCAUGGAUCGUGACCAGAUGCGCGCUCUGAUCAUGAAACACGACGUCGACAGGCUCGUCACGCGGCUGCCGGCGAUCGAUGACAACGUCCCCAUCACGGCCAGCUCAGACGAGGAUUCCCUUCUCGUACGCAAGUUAUCAAACCUCUCUAUAAGCCCUGCAGCGGGUAGCUGCUUGACUCCCGCAAGCAGCACUCCAACAAGUGGCUGCUUCACCCCCGCUAGCGAUAGCCUCUCAGACUGGACCGCGCUCAUCGCCCGGUCGUCGACUCAUCGCUGCCCCUUCUGCCAACCCGAGCGUCGCCCGUUCCGAGAUGCAGCAGCUCUGCGACAGCACAUUGGGUCAGCAGCUCACAGCGAGCCGUUCAUCUACUGCCCCAGCUCAGUAUCCGGCGGCAAGCAUGGACUCACAACGGCCAUGCGGACGUUCAACACCGUGGCUGGGCUGGCGCAGCACCUGGAGAGCGGCGCGUGUGUAGGUGACGUGGACAGUUUCUGGGAGGCAGUAAAGUACCUGGAGACGCGCUUCCAGGAGAUGGGCAUGCAGCUCAGGCUGGUUCAAGAUGGCAAGGUGUAG